UGGUCUCCCAGUCAAGGGUUGGAGCGGAACACGUUACAUUCAUUUAUUUCAGGCUCGAUUCGGCGGCGGGGACAGCGUUUACUCCACUGAGGCGGUGGAUGUAAAAUGUGCGGGCAAAUCGGUCCUUUUAAAUGGAUGAGCCGCUUUAAUGAGCCAUUGGAUGCGGAGACCUGCCUGGCGUAUCCUGCAAGUGUAUUGGAGCCAUAGCUGCCGUGCCUUCUGAAGUGUGGAAUAUACGGAAAUUAUACAACAUCUAAAAAGGGGGUUGUGCUUUUCAAAAAAAAAAAUUGCCAACACCAGUACUCCGUCAGUCAGACUCUAUCAUUCACGAUCAUGCUGUAUUUCCAAAUGGUUAUAAUGGCUGGGACCGUCAUGUUGGCAUAUUACUUCGAAUACACUGACACUUUCAAUGUCCAUAUCCAGGGAUUUUUCUGCCAUGACGGAACUUACACCAAGCCCUACCCGGGACCCGAUGAAGCCAGUGCCAUCCCGCCAGUUCUCCUCUAUUCUCUCGUCGCUGGGGUCCCCCCUGUGAUGAUAAUCGUGGGAGAAGUGGCUGUGUUUUUACUUCAAUCAGCUUCUAAAGAGUUUGGAAAUCGCGAGAAGGCAAUAAUAACUGGAGACUGUUGUUACAUCAAUCCGCUGGUGCGCAGAACAGUUAGGUUCCUUGGGGUUUAUGCAUUUGGACUUUUUGCUACUGACAUUUUUGUAAAUGCUGGACAAGUGGUGACAGGAAAUCUAGCGCCCCACUUUCUCUCAGUGUGUAAACCCAAUUACACAGCCCUGGGAUGUCAUCAUGAAUCUGUGCAAUUCAUCAACAGUGAAGAAGCCUGCACAGGCAACAUAGAUGCCAUAACAAAAGCCAGGAAGACCUUUCCGUCCAAAGAGGCAGCUUUAAGUGUGUAGCAGGCAGUAUAUUUGGCUAUGUAUAUCACAUGUACUGUGAAGACAACUGGAACAAGACUUGCAAAACCUCUCCUCUGUUUGGGUCUCAUGUGUUUGGCAUUUCUGACUGGAAUAAACAGGGUAGCAGAAUAUCGAAAUCACUGGUCAGAUGUUGUGGCAGGAUUCAUCAUAGGAACAGCUGUAGGAGUAUUUUUGGUUGCGUGUGUGGUACAUAACUUUAAGGAAGACACACUGUAAAUGAAAACCUACAGUACCGGCAGUAUGACUGAUAUGUCUUUGAUCACCCUACCACGUAUGGAAAGUCAUUAGGAAAAUUAAGUGCAGCACAGAAUCACGUCUUUGCAGAAGUCACAUGAUCAUCAGCUGGGGGUUUGUCCUAUUCUUUGGGCAUCUUCAUAUUUACUGUCCAAUGAUCACAUUUGGGAUGAAAUCCAAGAUGCAGUCUCACUUAAUAAGACAUACA